GAGGCACGGAGCGGCGGAGCAGCCCGCCCAAGGUCACGCUGGUCACGGAGAAGCGGCCGCUCCGGGAGCCCGACCCAGCGUCGUCUGCCCGUUCCGUCGCUGCCCGCUAAGGGCCAGGCAGGGUGCCCAGCCCGGGGCCGCCCGUCUGAGCAAAGCACCGUCCUGUCCUUGGGGAGCUCCCGGGCUGGCCCAGGGGGCGACGGCCACUAGGCUCCAGGGGCGCAGAUAAACGUAAUUUGCAGCGGCGGACCAGUGAGCGCGUCACGUCACCCGGGGGAUGAGAGCCGGCUUCCCCAGAGGCGGGUGACAGGUGGCACCGAGACCUGAGAGAGUGGGACGUGAACUGGGACCCAGACAUCCUCCCCCAGGGGUGCUCAUCUGCCGGAACUACCGCGGCGACGUGGACAUGUCGGAGGUGGAGCACUUCAUGCCCAUCCUGGUGGAGAAGGAGGAGGAGGGGAUGCUGUCGCCCAUCCUGGCCCACGGGGGCGUCCGCUUCAUGUGGAUCAAGCACAACAACCUGUACCUGGUCGCCACGUCCAAGAAGAACGCGUGCGUGUCGCUGGUGUUCUCCUUCCUCUAUAAGGUGGUGCAGGUGUUUUCCGAGUACUUCAAGGAGCUGGAGGAAGAGAGCAUCCGGGACAACUUUGUCAUCAUCUACGAGCUGCUGGACGAGCUCAUGGACUUCGGCUACCCCCAGACCACCGACAGCAAGAUCCUGCAGGAGUACAUCACGCAGGAAGGCCACAAGCUGGAAACGGGGGCCCCGCGGCCCCCGGCCACCGUCACCAACGCAGUGUCUUGGCGGUCCGAAGGCAUCAAGUACCGGAAGAAUGAGGUGUUCUUGGACGUCAUCGAGUCUGUCAACCUCUUGGUCAGCGCCAACGGCAACGUCCUGCGCAGCGAGAUCGUGGGCUCCAUCAAGAUGCGCGUCUUCCUCUCGGGCAUGCCCGAGCUGCGCCUGGGCCUCAACGACAAGGUGCUCUUCGACAACACGGGCCGCGGCAAGAGCAAGUCCGUGGAGCUGGAGGACGUGAAAUUCCACCAGUGUGUGCGGCUUUCGCGCUUCGAGAAUGACCGCACCAUCUCCUUCAUCCCCCCCGACGGCGAGUUCGAGCUCAUGUCCUACCGGCUCAACACCCACGUCAAGCCCUUGAUCUGGAUCGAGUCGGUGAUUGAGAAGCACUCGCACAGCCGCAUCGAGUACAUGAUCAAGGCCAAGAGCCAGUUCAAGCGGCGGUCGACGGCCAACAACGUGGAGAUCCACAUCCCAGUGCCCAACGACGCCGACUCGCCCAAGUUCAAGACGACGGUGGGCAGCGUCAAGUGGGUCCCCGAGAACAGCGAGAUCGUGUGGUCCAUCAAGUCCUUCCCGGGCGGCAAAGAGUACCUGAUGCGGGCCCACUUCGGCCUGCCCAGCGUGGAGGCCGAGGACAAGGAGGGCAAGCCCCCGAUCAGCGUCAAGUUCGAGAUCCCCUACUUCACCACCUCCGGCAUCCAGGUGCGCUACCUGAAGAUCAUUGAGAAGAGCGGCUACCAGGCGCUGCCCUGGGUGCGUUACAUCACGCAGAACGGAGAUUACCAGCUCCGGACCCAGUGACGCCGCCGCAGCCAGCGCCCGGCCCGGCCCGGCUCCCGGCGGACACACCUGCCAAGCCCCGACGCGGGCGCUCCUGGCCUCUGGCUACCUCCGGCCUCCGCCCGGGACCCCUCCAGGCCGCCCGCCCUGCGUUGACGCUCGCCUCACAAGCCCCUCGCCCACAAGAGGCCUGUCCUGAGAAGUCUCGUCUGCCGCCCCCGUCGGUUUCGGGGAAGGAGAUGAAAUCUUCCCUCCGGACUCAACCGCAGCCUCCGCGCUGCCGCGUGCACGGUACCAAAAAGCCCGGCCGGCGCGUGCCGGGCUCCCGCCAAGGUGGCCUCCUGCCGCCCGAGGACGCGCCCGCCCGCCUGCCAGCCGGCAGGGCCGUCUUCAUUGCCAUGUUGUCGCCCGUGACAGGCCGUGGGUGUCUCCAGAACUCUCUGUUCACCUGUUGUUGUUUGCGUUUCCCCUCGUCCCGCGGCACUUAGCGAGGACACGCCCUCGCCCCCACGCCUGCUCAGCCGUUUACACGCCCGGCCGGGGCCUGGCGCUCGCCGGCGCCCUCGGAGGCCCUGGCUGGCUCUCGGGCUCGCUGCGGCGCCCUCCCGGCCGGCCUGGGCGCGGCGCUGUCCGGUGCCACUGCCCCGCCGCCAGAUCAGUGUUUGUCCCGGGAGGUGGAGCCCCGAGAGGGUGCCGCCAGGUCCAGAGGGCAGGGGACUCGCGUCCCUCCCUGCCCGCCCCGUGCGUGUUCGGGUUGCAGUUACAUUAAAUUCCAUUCCUGAAACACG